GUUUCCUCGAAGCCCUACGUCGCCAAAGUAAUUCCUGCUGCUGUCCCACCCCAUCGAAAGCGAUGGCGGAUGAUUCCAGGAACCAACCAACCAUCCUUCAUGGUUGGAGGCCAUCAGCGGCGCCUAUCUUUGCCAUCUCCUUGACCCAUUUUUACUGUCAUUUAUUGCUUCCAUCUCUGUCAGUUGGGAGACCGAAUGCUUUUAUGACCGUCCCAUCACGUCGGCGCGACCCCCAAACCCUGUUCGAAUAAAAUCUGGAGGAUUUCGCCGCCUACGCUAUCCGGGUAUGCCUUAUUUUUGGGUAAAAGAUCAGAUCCUGAGGGUGUUCUGAGUGAUGGGUUCUAAGGAGAUCCUGUCACUGGAGUGUACUUCGGCAGGGUCGCCUGCGGAUGAGCGGGUGGAAUCAGUGGUGGGUCGGAAUAAUCUUCAGUUCCAUUUCGCGCAGAGCGAUGAGAGGAGGCCAGGGGGAAUCAAUAGGGACUCUGUGGCUAAUGGGACGGCACCGGUGAAUUUAUGGGGGAAGCCGAUCGACAAUCUUUCAAAGACCGGAGGCUGGAUUGCGGCUUUCUUCAUCUUUGGAAAUGAGAUGGCAGAAAGGAUGGCCUACUUUGGGCUCUCGGUGAAUAUGGUAGUAUUCAUGUUUAAUAUCAUGCACCGGCCAUUUAGUAGUUCAGCUAAUGCAGUAAACACUUUCCUAGGCAUAUCACAGAUCUCUUCUGUGCUUGGUGGCUUUAUUGCUGAUGCUUAUCUUGGUAGAUAUUGGACAAUUGCAAUCUUCACGACUAUCUACCUUGUGGGAUUGAUAGGGAUAACUUUAUGUGCCACAAUGAGUGUCUUCAUACCAAAUCAAGAUCAGUGUUAUCAGUUAUCGAAACUCUUGGGCACAUGUGAACCAGCGAAAUCAUGGCAGAUGCUUUACCUUUACAUUGUUCUUUACGUUACAGCUUUUGGGGCUGCAGGCAUAAGGCCUUGUGUCUCAUCUUUUGGAGCUGAUCAGUUUGACGAGAGAAGUAAGGACUAUAAGGCUCAUUUAGACAGGUUUUUCAAUUUCUUUUAUCUUUCCGUCACCGUCGGAGCAAUUGUGGCCUUCACUAUGGUUGUCUACAUUCAAAUGAAACAUGGAUGGGGUUCUGCUUUUGCUUCUCUAGCUAUAGCAAUGGCCAUUUCAAAUGUGGUUUUCUUUGUUGGAACGCCCUUGUACAGGCAUAGGUUACCAGGUGGUAGCCCUCUUACACGUGUUGCUCAGGUACUUGUUGCUGCUUUUCGGAAGAGAAAUGUGCCCUUAUCCAGCAGUGACUCCAUUGAUCUCUAUGAGCUUCCUGGUCAAAAUUCUGCCAUCAAGGGCAGUGGGAAGAUAGAUCACACUGAUGACUUUAGGUGGCUGGAUAAGGCAGCUCUGCACCUGAAAGAGGAUGGUGUGGACCCUAACCCUUGGAGACUUUGCACGGUGACACAAGUUGAAGAGGUGAAGAUACUACUGAAACUUCUGCCAAUCCCAAUGUGCACCAUAAUGCUUAGCGUAGUGUUGACGGAGUAUCUGACUCUCUCAGUGCAACAAGCAUACACCAUGGACACACAUAUGGGUCACCUUAAACUUCCAGUUAUUUGCAUGCCUGUAUUCCCUGGCCUGAGCAUCUUCCUCAUCCUGGCCCUCUACUACUCCACAUUUGCGCCCUUGUCCCGCCGCAUCACUGGUCACCCACAUGGUGCAUCUCAGCUCCAAAGAGUAGGACUCGGGCUGGCAGUAUCUAUUCUAUCGGUCGCAUGGGCUGGUGUUUUCGAGAGGUACAGAAGAAACUAUGCCAUUAAACAUGGUUAUGAAGCCCUGUUCCUGUCUCCAAUGCCAAAUCUUAGUGCAUACUGGCUGCUGAUACAGUACUGCUUGAUCGGAAUAGCUGAAGUAUUUUGCAUUGUGGGUCUCCUGGAGUUUCUCUACCAGGAGGCACCUGAUGCCAUGAGAAGCAUUGGGUCGGCCUAUGCUGCUGUUGCUGGAGGUCUUGGCUGCUUUGUAGCUACCAUCAUAAACAAUAUUGUGAAGUCGAUCACCGGUAACGAAGCUGAGGGGCGUCCAUCAUGGCUUUCUCAGAACAUAAACACGGGGCGAUUCGAUUACUUUUACUGGUUGUUGACAGUGUUGAGUUUGAUCAAUUUCUGUGUGUUCCUGCUUUUAGCUCAUAGAUACAAAUAUAGAGUUCGGAAGAUGGUUGAGCUAGAAAUAAUGAGAGCAACUACGACAUAGUUUCUACAGAAACCGCAGGUAUCAUGCUUGGUUCAGCAUUCAUCAGACCAUGCUACUAUGUACUCAUUUUCUUGGUUGAUCAUUGAUUAUUGGAUAAUGUCGAAUGACAACUGGAUUUUAAUUUCGCAAAGUGGAAAAAUUACAAAAAAGUAUUAUUAUAUGUUCUCACUGCUA